CAUGAUUACGCUGCUGGCCGUUUUCUUGCUGCAGUGUCUGCUGUUUAGUUUACAGCAGCCGAACUUAUUGGAGGACGGAAUAGGAAAGAGGAUAGUAAUUGAAGCAAACUAUUCAUCGCCAAUGUAUCACUUACUACUGAAAAAAGGCGACGACAAGAACCGUUACGCAUUCAUCAUGUGGACCUGUGAACAGACUACUCGAUGGAUAAUCGAUUGGAGUGAUGUUAAUAACGACGGAAGCGAUUAUCGCAGUAUCAAGCUCUUGGAAAGUUCGGGAAUGGAGGGCAACGAUUAUGCCAUCUUUUACCAUUCCCCCCUACCAACUACUUCCAACACAAGCUACUACUCUAUAAGGUUUUUCGCCAUUCGACGCUCUGUGGUUCAGUUGCUCGUAACUUCCUCAGAACUAGAUGCCACAAAUCUUCUCAGACCAUUUCCUGCCAACGCUCAUCUUAAUGUAAUGAACGUGGGAAUGCGUUCAGCGACGGCCGUCUGGAAGGUAUAUAAUGUCGAUUGGGUAAACGUUACAUAUUGUCCGACAGUGACGGCAGGACGUUCAAACUCAUGCGAAUUUGCCGUGUCUAACUGCGUCUCUAACGGGAAUACCCACACAUGGCGCAAUCUGGUGGCAGGCGAGACCUAUUCAGUCGACCUGUUUAUCAAGUAUAAACCCAGCGGAAUAGCUCGCCAUCUGGCCGCUUGCCCUUUUCAAACUAAAAUGAAAGAUGUUGAAAGGCGCGUUCUACUGAGAAGCGGACAAAGCAUAAAAGGGCAGAUGAACGGAAGGAAUUUACGUAACGCUUAUUUAAUUUCUGGGGAUGUCCUUCAAAUACAAGCCUGCAAUCGAGUAGAAUUAUACAUUGAAAUUUACAACGACCGAUCGGAGCUUAUCGCCAGACGAUACGUGACCGGGUUAGACAGAAUAUUGGGCGCCCGUCUCGUCUACGUCUACGGUCCUCCCGGCGCCAUCUAUCGGCUUGGUGUUGACUCCAAACUUCCAGCAACACCAAAAUUAACUAUAGCUCGAAGCGUCAAGUGUGAGAUUGUUCGAAAGGACAAUAUACGUUUAGUCACAGUUAUACUUAGUUGGUGGGGAAAGGGCCAAACUCGUUAUUGCUUGUAUGUUCGUCGCAAGCCUCGGAGGCCCAUGCACUAUAGCCUAAAGACGUUUCAGAUAGAAAAUGUUUGUCGAGCUCCUAAGUCUGACCAAUGGAAGAGAAUGAAAUGUUGGAGAGCGAAAUCGAAAAAGAAGUUCUUGGCUCUAGUCAAUAAGUUAACAGAAGGUGUAUCAUACGAUUUCGUGGUAAUGGCCACUCGAAAGAGACGCACAUCUGUCUCAAAUGUUAUUACAGUUUUCACUAAAAGCUGCCAGAAGUCCACUUGA